AGGCAACCAGAGAGGAUAGAUCACGACUCACAAAGAGGAACAGGAUGGCGUCCAGUUCUAGCUUUGCAUCUCUCUCGUCGUUUGUGAGGAGGCGCUCACUCUCGGGGCCAACUCGUGCUCUCCUCGCCUCCUUUUCCACGACGACCACGAAUUCCGGAUCUAGCCCUUCGUCUGGCGGUUCAUCUGGCAGUGGCAGUGCUUCAGAGAUUAAUACUGAUCGUGGGACACGACUAGCACACCAGCUCCACCAACUGCCAAUCCAAACUACGCGUACAGAGUUGCUUGACCUGCGUCAUUUAUCUGCUCCUUGGACAUGGAUUAAACAUUUUUGGCGAGUGAAAAAGGGUUUAAACAACGCAGCGGUACCAGCUAAUGCCGAUAAGUCUUCAGUCGCUGAUGAUCCAUAUCUCCACGCCCUACGCUUGUUCGAUAGUACAGUCUCCCUUGGACCAAAAAAGUGGUGGCAUGAUUGGCUCCGGAGAUGGUGUCGUCGUGGUAGUCGUGGUUAUAAUUCUCUACUUCAUGCUGGAACAGGAAACGCGAGUACCAGGCACAGCACAUCAAAAGUACAAAAAGUUAGAAGUUCAUCCCGAGACCCACAAGUCGAAGAACAAUGUUACGUUCAAGAACAACUAGCAUUACGCGACUGGCGACUGGCUUUUGAGCAUACUUUGACUCGCAGAGACAUUGCUGUGACGCUUACGGAGGCAGAAACUAAUGUUAAGGCUACCACAGUCAAGUCCAUCUUCUUCUUUACAAACAUGGGGGAACAGGGUAGUUCCAGGAUGCGCGCUAAGAUGGAUUGCUGGUAGCUCUAUCUAAUAUUGGAGCUCUGCCAGAGCACACUGCUCUCUGGAAAAAGGAUAAGAGAGCAAACACUUAUCUUAAGGCUCAGCUUUCAUUCGUCAUUGGGGUCGUUGGUCUCUGGCAUCAAAGAGGAGACCCCUUCUUGGGAGACCAAUGAAUGUUGGCCUUUAAUUAUCGCGUACCAUUAGACGAAAUGAACUUGAGCCUCUGCCAACGCUACUUGAAGGAUCCAGCUGCACGGUUGAAGGUCCUGAAACACUGGCACAAAAGCACUGUUUUGAGUGGAGACUUGUAUAUUAAGUGUUACCAAAUAACUACAUCCCUCACUACUACCAAUCUUCAUUCUUGGCCUAUUUGCUAGUAGAAAAAAGGCCAAAGAUGUUGAUGUUCUGAGGAAUGUAAUUUUGCAACCUCUAAGAAUAGGAAAUUGCUGAAACUACUGCAAGCAAGGCUGUCUCUAGCGAACGCGCGUGGGUUUAGCUCGUGGGCCGAACAAGAGACGGCUGGCUUGAGUGUAGGCUGUGUGGAGGAAGCCAGACGAUUCUUGAAGGAUCUGCAAACUGCAGGUCGUGCUCAUAUCACAGAUUUUACUAGAGAUAUGGAAUUGAUGCAGGCUGAUAGUGGAAAUUUUACAGGUCUAGCGAGAGAUGCACCAGUUUUCUCCUACGACACGCGUUUUUACCGCUCUCGCUUGCGCAAGUACGGAAACUUACGGGACCGGGUCAAGAUUUAUACCAACUUGUUCAACCUUCCAAGGGAUCCGAUGAUUAUGUCAACCCUCCAUCCUUCUGAACUACAUCUUUUUUUAUUGGCUUUUAUUUUUUUACUUCUUGGUUGGAACAUAAUCAUAAACAGCUAGGACCACUAGGUGGUGGAGAUCGCAGAUGUUCUACAAUAUCAAGAUGGGAAGAUUGCUACCUCGUCUAAGAAACGAUGAAAAGCUAGCUCAACACUUGCCUUUUCGACGGGUGUUGCCGAGAUUGAUGGCUCGAAUGGGAGACAUGUACGGCCUACGUAUCGCUCAGGUCGCCAGUCCUAGAUUAUGCCUUUCCAUCUUGCUACAACAGGCACUAACAACAAGGAGUAAAGAAACAUACAAGGUCUGAGCAUCUUGGUACCAGUACCCUUUCGCUCUGUUCGAUUAUUCCUAGUAUGAAUUGACCAAGGAAAUCCGUCACGCGCGUGGGGAGAAGGAUUCUCCCAUUACAGAGGCAAUAAAGUAAGGUGUCGAGGAGAUGGGGGGGGGCGACAUAUUCGAAAACUUAAAAUAUGCGAAAGCGAGUUACUGACUGAAGUAAGAGAGUCUUGACUACAUUCCUCUUCUUUCAGUAUCUACCUUAUUUUCACUAGUUACUCGCUUAUUUUAGUUUAUCGAAUACAUAGAUAGCGGCUGGCUCUAACGAGAUUGGCGAGAUCCGUCUACGCUUCUCUGUUGUCUUGGUAUAUCACGGGCUGGGAUACGUUUUCGAAUUACAUGGUUUUCCAAGUCUUGGAAAACGUUACGACAAACAAAGAGAACGAGUUAUGACAUCGACAAGGUAGAAGUGCUACAAGGAUAAGGGCUUAUGACUACUUGGGGUGUACUAUUUCUGAUUGUUGUAUAGCCAUUUCUGAAUGACAUCAAAUGAAGAUAUUAUGUGGCUGUGAUUAUCUAAGGUUAACAAGGUUAUAUGGCUGUGACUAUUGUUUUCGUUAGGUGAAUGGACUCUCUUUCUUCUUCCGGCCACGGUCUCGUCGUCAUGGCCCACUAGCCUCGCAGUUACUUAAAAUCUCAAAAAUGUUUCUUCACAACUUGUCUGUGAUUGUGGUUACUCAACACAAAUAUCAUUACACCGGCAUUUUAGCGCUCCCCUGGAGGUACUUCUAGAUUACUGGUUGGCCUCGCAAGUAGACGCUAAUAUUAGCUACACAAGAGGCACCAUGACAUGACAUAAACGCACCUGCUUUUGACAACCUUAACUAAGGAUGCAUUGGUAAGGAAGAUCAUCUUGUUUUCUAGUAUUUGUAACAGUCUCUAAAGAAAGGCGAAGCUACUGCAAAGGCUAGGAUAGUCGAUGACGACGUCUUGGAUUUUGGACCUGUUGGCGUGGACGCCCAGAGCGCAGCAUGGUAUGGAUUACCUGUUCCCAAAACCGGCGAACGGUCCUUGGGCUUUAUCUAUGUAAAGUGCUACGGAGGAAAGAAGCCGCGCAGGGGUCUUUGCAGUAUCGUGAAGUUAAGGACAGAGGUGCAGAUUGAGUAGAGGUUGAGAAGUAUGAUCUUUUGGGGACAGAAAUAGGGUGAAUAAUUCUUCGGGACAAAUAAUAGGGAUUGAAGGUCGUCUUGAGGUGGGAAGUGUCUGGGCUCAACAACAAGUCACCUUGCGAAACUUCAGAGGAGUGCGAUUCUGUACGGGCCUUGGUAGAAGAUGCUUUUUACGUACCAGGAAGAGGUCCAUUCUGAAAAAUAACUUCGACGUCCACCUUGUCAUCAGAGUCAGACGUCCUUAUCAUCCUCUUCCUCAUCCUCAUCUUCCUCUUCUAACCACAAACCUCUUCACCAGAGGCGCUUCUAGUUCCUUUACCUCCUUGUCCGAUCGAGCGUUGCCAAGAGUCGACGUUCUAGCUCCAGGACACGCAGUACUGCAUACGGAGUUUCCUCCUCAUAGUUUCGCUGCUGAGAAGAUCUUACUCCCGCAAGAAGUGCAAAUGCUUCUGAACUUGAGUGGGCAUGCAUUGCAUGAUUUGUCUGGAGAACGUCAAGAUACAAGAAGUCUACAACCUGGCGUCUCUCCCACAACCUCUGCACAAGAAUAUAGAAAGACCAUCAAGAACACCGGCGAUUAUACUGCUGCUAGUCCCCGUCCCCGAGACGCAGCUGAGUUUCCUGCUCUUUUGAGCGAAAUUUACGGGUAGUACUGGCAAGAACCCAUCUUGUACAACAUCUGUUAGCCCCUUUCCACUUGUACAGAGCUAAAAGAUGUUCAGAAAGAUGGGUUCUCGGUAUCUCUAAGAGAUGGCUGGGACAUGCGAGUCCUUCCUGCGGGAUUUGUGCUUUUUGCACGUUCUAGACCGAACGCCAGUAAGCCUAGAAGUCCUUUCGUCCUGCUCUCGGGAUCCGUAUCACUAUUAAGGGUUCCCACAAAGAUAAAACGUCUCUGACUGUAAGAAAAAUAACCGGUUUUUAGUUAUUUCCCUCAACAUUUUUUUUCAUCCUAAGUUAGUGCCUCCAAUCAAUGCGUUCUGCACUAAAAUCGUCCCUGACUCUACUUUUCAUCCUCCAUAAGAAAGAAGGCACAGUCAGGGAUGUUCUGAAGAGUGCAGUGUCGCAACCUCUAACACUAUCUGGAAGUAGCGCAGCCGCCUAGCAUGUUCUUUGCGCUCUAUGCAGAUUUAAAAGUUACGGUUGGGAUUGGGUGGGGAGGAACUGACUGAGGGUGUGCGCUUGUUUGAAUAUUUAGUCUGUACUUGCGUAGUUCUGGACCUCUAUAUUCCACGAGAUUACGAUAGCUGGUCCCUAUGGAUCCACGAAAUAUUGAACAAGGAGGUAUGCGGGUUUUUACACUUUCUUCUAAGAAGCCUCCUGAUUUGGAGGUAUUCGAAAAGGACAUCGACAAAUUUGCGAUGUACCUCAGGAAUGCUUGGCGGGAGAGCUCUCCGCAUUGGCUGGGCCGUAGUAGUUUACGUACUAGUGUUAAGGCUUGUCUUAAUCCAUCUCCAGUAGCAUCUCAGGAUUGUCCCAUAAGGGGAAAACGACUGCAAGAUGAAUUUCUCAAGGUGGAUUAGGGUAGGCUCUAAUACUAGUGGCAAAAGCAUGAGCAUGACCGGAAGCCCUCUCCUCCAAUAUCUGGCACCUUUCGUUGUGAGUGGCAACCUUUUAGGGAUGAAUAAAGUGCUUACAUCAGACCAUAUUAAGCAUAGUAGUUCAAGUUCUUCGUUGAGCAGUACUACUACUAGUAGAGCUUCAUCAAGUAGCAGAGCUUCAACAGGUGGCGUUAGAAAUAGAAGCGCAACAAGUACUAGUACAACGGGUACAACAGGAGAACUAGUUGCACAUUUCCCAACGCCUUCGACGUACGAAGACAAGAGCAUAACACAAGAUGCGAUAGAUUUCGAUUAAGGCUGUAGCUACUUCGUCCUUGGCUGCAUCCUUGAAACGGAUGGGGGAGUCAGUACUACAAGGGAAUACUGACUCUGCCAGAGUACGACAAGGGAAUACUGACUCUGCCAGAUUUUCCAGGGAUGCACAGCUGAAAGAUGAUUUGCGGAGAGCUCUAAUUUGAGUUGAACAGCUUUUGUCCUUUAGCCGACACGGAAUUCGUUGCGUGGUGGCUCGACCAGCGUUGUGAUGUGGAACAGGUGUUGGCCUACGUGCGUGCAGGUGCGAUCCUACAGAAAGAAAGCACCGUAUUCGAGAAAGCAAAGAGCAAUAUUAUGGUCGUAGUUAUUGUUGUGCUGAUUGAUUCUUUGUCAUCUUACAGGUAUUCGAAAACUCAAAAUAAGCGAGCUACUGACUGAAAUAAGAGAGUCUUGACUACGUUCCUCUUCUUUCAGUAUCUCCCUUAUUUUCAAUAGUUACUCGGUUAUUUCAGUUUUUCGAAUACUUAGCUCUUGAUACAACGAACUGUGACUCACUUUGUCUUACUCUUACAGCUUGGAGGGAGGUUUCGACAACAUCAAGAUCAAUGAAGAAAUCAUGAAACUUUUUUUUGUUUUUUUUUGUUCGAACAUGCGUGCAUUGCGUAGAGGCGACUGGGGAUGGGAUAUGCGCUUGGGGAAUAGAGUACGAGAACGACUGCGCCACAAAGCGGAAGAGCUUUUCGCAUUUGCCCCAACAUCUAACGAUUUUCAAGCCUUUUUUGAAGGAGUCAAAAAAAGUGGGUCGAUACAUGGUAGUGCUGUGUGAACAGUGGGAUCACCAUCAUAAUCGUGUAGUUCAAUACUACAGGUGUCACAUUAUAUAUAAUCACUUUGGCCAUGCCUACAAUAUUAAUACUACAACACCAGGUGGUGUGAAAUUAAACAUAGUCUGACUAGAAUCUAACUAAUAAACAGCGUCUACUCCAUUGAGCAUUAUAUAUGUACCAGGGAGGGAGGCUUAUAUAGAUGGUCUGGCCAUGCUGGAG